UACCACUAAUUGUACCUAUUCUUAAUAUUUUCAUAACUGUUUUAUUUUAAUUUGAGAACAUUACUUAAAAUUAAAAAUAAUAAAUGAAGUCAGUUCUUAUAAAAACAAUUUAAUUCCUCUGUGUUAUCUUCAUGGCCUCACACUUGCACCUACGAUAACCCUAAAUGUAAAAAUAUUUAUUUUCUGGGUAUGUAUGUUUUAUCCUGCUUAAUUAUGUUGAUAUGAAAUAACCUUGACCAAAAGACACGGUCUAAGAAAAGAUCUCAAGUAUUAUUUGUUCUACGAGGAAUACUCUGAGGAAUCAUUUUGAUCGUCGAAACACUUCGGUUAUUUCAUUCAACCUAGAAACACUGUGUUCAUCUAUAGUGCCUUGCCAGAGAUAUUUUUCGCCACGUACUAUCCGGCUGUGGAGUAAACUGCGAUGUUUUCAUAGUGCUAACAACUUCCUAUUUUACGAGGUUUUAGUAGAGCCCUCAGCGGUAGUCAACGUCUUGCCUCUGCCCCUCGCUCAUUACUGAUGUCCAUGUACAGAAUACUGACCGUCAGAUAGGCCGUAGGUCCGUUUGCCUACAAAUACAAUAAAAACCUUUACAUUAUUAUUGCUUAAAAUCUAUUUCGAAAUUAAAAAUGCAUUUUUGAAUAUUCUUUAAAUCUAUUACUCGACUGGCUACCUUUAAGGGCCUUUUUCCGUCAAUGUAAUCACGUGAUUCAAUUUUAUGAAAUACGUAAGUUGGUUGUAGUCUGUCGCGUCUACAAACAUUUAUUGAUGUUAAGUUACAACAAAGUUUCGUGGUUCAACAACAACAGGAUAUCCGAUAGUUGAACGUUUAUCUUGUUAUCAAAUUCAGUAGUAUAAAUGGGUCAUUUGAUAUCCCUGGUGGGGCGCACCUAAUCGUACGUAAUUAUCUGUAAUUGAGCUCACAAACGCUAAUUGACUACAAACAUUUGAUAUGACGAGCGGUGUGUGUGUGUGUUUUUCGUGAAUUUGAUUCGCUGUCGUCUGCAUUAAGCUCUGUGCAAAUAUUUCGGCACAUUUCUGUUACGAAACAAACUGCCCAUGAGCCACUUUGAAGGAUGGCAAAAUACAUUUGAAGAUUGCUCAAAGACGUUAAUCAAAAAGCGAUUGUAAUGCUGCAUCGAUAGGUGAUGAAGAUGAUGUCGUGGGGUGAUGCAUUAUGGCUCGGCUUGACGGCGAGAUUUGCGAGGGUGGGGCGGCUGCGACGAGCCGUGCUCAUGCUGGCCGCGGCCGCCUGCACCGCUGCUGCUGUACUCUACUGGAAACAGCAGACUGACGACAGCGCCAACAGACCGCUUCACUCCAUGUAUUCGGGCAUCGAACCUCAGUGGUCUUGGUUAUGUCAACACGACCGAUGCGAGAGGUAUCAAGCAUCGGAUACGACGACGCUACAGUCGCUGCAGACUUGCAACAUGCUGUGCGCCUCCACCCAGCUCUGGCCACAGCCGACGGGGCCUGUCAGCCUCGCAUCGGCGGCUGUGCCCGUCAGAUCGGACCGCUUCUCCCUCAAAGUUGUAGCGUCACCAUCACGCGACGUCACCAAACACUUAAACGAAGCGUUUAUCGUGAUGCAAAAUCACAUGCGAACUUUAGAACAUGGCGUGGUCGGUGAAAACCGUCGAUCUGACAUAGGACCCCCGCGGGACGUACUGGUGAAGGUAUCCGUGAACGGGUCCGGCGACCCUCGCAUGCGGCUCGACACGAACGAAAGCUACAAACUCGCCUUACGGCCCUCCGGCAAUUCCCUCGUCGUAGACAUCACAGCGCAUUCGUUCUGCGGAGCGAGACACGGCCUCGAAACACUUUUGCAGGUCACCUGGCUGGAUCCGUACGCCGGAUCGCUACUCAUACUAGAAGCGGCAACUGUAGUUGAUGCUCCUCGUUUUCCUUACCGUGGCCUGCUUCUGGAUACGGCUCGUAAUUUUUUCCCCGUCAGUGAGCUUCUCCGCACCAUAGACGCGAUGGCCGCGAACAAACUAAACACGUUCCACUGGCACGUGAGCGAUUCACAAUCGUUUCCGUGGAAGUUAGACAGCGCACCCCAACUGGCGCAGCACGGCGCCUACGGACCGGGCGCAGUAUACACGUCCGACGACGUGAGAACAAUUGUUAAAUACGCACGCAUCAGAGGAAUCAGGGUGCUGAUGGAAAUAGACACACCGGCGCACGUCGGUCGAGCUUUCGGGUGGGGUCCGGAGGCUGGCCUCGGCCACUUAGCGCACUGCAUAGAGGCGGAACCCUGGAGUUCCUACUGCGGAGAACCUCCGUGCGGCCAACUGAAUCCUCGCAACCCUCACAUAUACGAUUUACUAGAACACGUCUACAGGGAGAUCAUUCAAUUAACUGGGGUCGACGACAUCUUCCACCUUGGUGGCGAUGAGGUGUCGGAGCAGUGCUGGGCUAAGCACUUCAAUGAUACGGAUCCGAUGGAUCUUUGGAUGGAAUUCACGCGACAAGCCAUGCACGUUCUCGAACGCGCGAAUGGGGGUAAAGCGCCAGAGCUCACUCUGCUUUGGUCAUCGCGAUUGACGCGCUCCCCGUACCUCGAACGCCUCGACCCAAAACGCUUUGGCGUACAAGUGUGGGGCGCGUCACAGUGGCCCGAGUCGCGUGCGGUUUUGGACGCCGGCUUCCGAUCGGUGAUCUCGCACGUGGACGCCUGGUACCUCGACUGCGGGUUCGGGUCGUGGCGCGACAGCUCGGACGGGCACUGCGGGCCGUACCGGUCGUGGCAGCAGGUGUACGAGCACCGACCGUGGGCGACGGAAACGCCCGAGAGCGCGGCAUGGCCGGUGGAGGGUGGCGCGGCGUGCCAGUGGACGGAGCAGUUGGGUCCGGGCGGGUUGGACGCGCGCGUGUGGCCCCGGACGGCGGCUCUGGCGGAGCGGCUGUGGGCGGACCGUGCCGAGGGCGCCACGGCGGACGUGUACUUGCGGCUCGACACGCAGCGCGCGCGGCUGGUGGCGCGGGGGGUGCGGGCGGCGCCGCUGUGGCCGCGCUGGUGCUCCCACAACCCGCACGCGUGCCUCUAGUGCGGCCCCUCUCCACUACAACGGUACAAUCACAAACUAGAUAAGAAAUCGCCUUUUCGCAUUAAAAUUAUACAAUUUCCAAAAAUAUUCGAAAUUAAAUUCAAAUACGAAAUCAUUUGGUAUCGCCAGUAUUUUUCUCAUAGAUACUG